AUGUAAGUAUAUAUUCAUCCCGAAGAACACAACACAGGAAGAAACCCUUCACUCUCUCUAUUUGAUAUCAAUCAUCCACUAGACAAUCAUCAAAUUAAAAAAAAUGCCUCCAAAAUCAUCACUUUUACUCCAAAGAAUCAACCCCACCACAACCCCUACAACUUCCACCACCACCAGCACCUCCUGUAGACAACUACAAAGACGUACGCCCAUACCAUGUACCAACCAAGUCCCAGAUUCCGUCGUUAAUCACCAUACUCACUCCAUUAGUCCGAACCAGUGUUGCUCCGCAGUGAUCCAACGUAUCUCCGCCCCCAUCUCCUCCAUUUGGUCCGUCCUCCGCCGCUUUGAUAACCCUCAAGCGUAUAAACACUUCGUCAAAAGCUGUCACGUUAUCGGCGGCGAUGGGAACGUGGGCACGCUCCGUGAAGUGCGGGUCAUCUCGGGACUACCAGCUGCUAACAGCAUGGAGAGACUUGAGAUCCUUGAUGAGGAAUGCCACGUCAUCAGCUUCAGCGUCGUAGGCGGGGAUCACCGCCUGGUGAAUUACCGAUCUGUUACCAGCCUCCACUCCGAUCCGAACUCUGGCAAUAUUGGGACGACAAUCGUCGUGGAAUCGUACGUUGUUGAUAUACCAAAUGGGAAUACUAAAGAAGAAACAUGUGUGUUUGUGGAUACUAUUGUUAAAUGUAACCUCCAAUCCCUUGCCCAGAUCGCUGAGAAUUUAAGCAGACGAAACCCUGCUAAUUGAAAUAUGCUACGUAGUGGUGUCAAAUGAGUUGAUUGGAUUCAAAUUUUAACAGAUCAAAAAGGAUAAAAUCACUAAAGGGAUUGAUCAUCACCAAAUUUGUUCGAAGUUUGCCUGGAUUGGUUAAGAUAGUUAAAGAACGAAACAUAAUUUAACACGUUUGAACUUAGAUGAAUUGGGGGAAUUGAUUUUGCCCAAAAACAAGGCGCGCGGUUUCUCCAUGGAGGUCAUCAAAAGAGUGAAGCACAUUAAAACGUCUGAUCGAUUGAUGAUGCUUUUUUGAUCAGAAGAUAUCUUUUGGGUACGAAGACAAUACUAAAAUAAUUUCAUUUAUUUUACCAUGCUUUUUUUAUAUCUUGUCCAGGUUGUCAUUACUUGUUGAAGAUAAGUUCAUUGUCAUAAAAAUUUUUAAAAAAGAUUCAUUGUCAUAAACUUGUUAUGGGAGGAAUUUAAUUUGUUUCU